CGAGCCGGGGCGGAGCCAGGCUGGUCACGGGGAAGAGAAACCCGCACAGCUGCGGCUUGUUCCCGGGGGAAGGAAGAGGCUCCGAGGGCGAGAGCCAUGGCUGCGUUCGUGGAGCUGAGCACCAAGGCGAGGAUGCCCCUCUUCGGGCUGGGCACUUGGCAGGCACCUGUUGGAAAAGUAGGCGAAGCCGUUAAAUGUGCCAUUGACCUCGGAUACCGCCACUUCGACUGCGCCCACUAUUACAAGAAUGAGGAUGAGAUUGGGAGUGCCCUCCAGCAGAAAAUCAAGGAAGGGGCUGUGAAACGGGAAGAACUUUUCAUCGUUAGCAAGCUGUGGUGCACUUUCCAUGAGAAGCACUUGGUGAAGAAAUCAUGCCAGGAUUCGGUCUCUGCGCUGAAGCUGGACUACUUGGACCUCUAUCUCAUGCACUUUCCCAUGGGAUUCAAGGCCGGAGAGGAUUUAGUUCCCCGUGACGAGAAGGGUAUGGUCAUCCCCAGCAACACGGAUUAUCUGGGCACUUGGGAGGCAAUGGAGGAACUGGUGGAUUGUGGGCUGGUGAAAGCCAUUGGGAUCUCCAAUUUCAACCACUAUCAGAUCGAGAAGCUCUUGCAGAAACCUGGCCUGAAGCACAAGCCCGUCAACCACCAGAUUGAGUGCCACCCAUACCUUACCCAGGAGAAGCUGAUCCAUUACUGCCAAUCCAAAGGGAUCUCUGUGACGGCUUACCGACCUUUUGGUGCCCAUACUCUCAAGCCUGGGGACCCUAUCCUGUUGGAGGACCCAACGGUUAAAGAGAUUGCUACAAGGCACAAGAAGAGCGUCGCGCAGGUUCUGAUCAGGUUUCACAUCCAGAGGAACGUGGCUGUCAUUCCCAAGUCAGAAAAACCACACCGCCUGGAAGAGAAUUUUAAGGUCUUUGACUUUGAAUUGACUAAAGAAGAGAUGGCGACUCUCCUCAGCCUGAACAAGAACUGGAGAGAUUGUGUGAUGGCUCAUUCUGUCAAUCACAAAGACUACCCCUUCAAAGCCGAUUACUAAGAACCGAAGCUGCUCCAGAUGUAGAAUUAUUGCCUUUGGGACUCCUGCGUCGUGAAGCUCUAGUGCAGGUACCUAUUCUUAGCCAACCACUUUGGGUCUUUCAUCCGAAAGAAGAGGUGAAAUGUUCAGGCCAAGUGGAAUGAACAACCAGAAGACUCCACAGAAGCAACACAAGUGGAUGAUGUUGUAAAAGGCUACCUUCCUCAUCUCUCUCUCCCCAUCUACUGAAGUUGGCCAAGUAUUGAGGGUUGAUCAAGGACACUGCUAGAGGGUUCUUGUUGGCUGUGAUGGUUUUGCAACAUCACUCGUAUUGGGUGAACCCACCGGCAAGUGGGCUUGAGAGAAAAGCUUGGUUUAUUCUGGGGAUGGGGAACCUGUGGCCUUCCAGAUGUUGUUGGGACUCCCAUGAGCCCCACACAGCACAGCCAGCACUCAGGGGCUAUGGGAGUUGUAGUCCAAACAGCAUCCAGAGAGCCAUAGGCUCCCCCACCUGAUUUAUUUGAACCAGUUUGUGAACAUGAGGGGAGAAGGAGUAGUUUUCUUCUCCAGUUCAGAUUAAAAUCUGAGCCAGAGAAGAAUUUUUGGGUCCUAAUGCUUGCCUUACAUUUAAGGGUAAGUAUGCACCACCCAGUUGUGCAUUCUGGGCCAAUGAAAUCCAAACACCUUACCUGUUUUGUUACUGAGUGGUGUGUACCUUUUGGAAAUAAUAAAAAUGAUUCCCACA